GAGGCAUGCAGUGAAAGUAUUUUUAAGUAUACGGAGAAUAUGUCAGAAGAUGAGAUAAGACAUAUAAGGCAAGAAUACUUCAUUUCCAACACAGAUGAUGAUCCCAGUGUAUUCCAGCAAAUCCGAGAAGACAUUCUAUAUUUAGCCAGAAAAAUGAAAACAUGGAACCAAGUUUAUCCCUUAAAAUUCAUUCAGCUGGAAAAACGACUUCAAGAAAAAAAGAAGGAGUUACCAAUUAUUUCCUUUAAUGAAAUUCAGCACAUCUCUAUGGAUACACAUCAUCCACUAAAUGAUGAGGAACUCAGAUUAUUCCUGGAAUUUCACCAUGAAAUCAGAGCUUUAGUUUAUUUCAAAGAUCUGCCUUCUUAUAUUAUUUUAGACACACAAUGGUUGUCCGAUGCUUUUAGAUGUAUAGUCACAGCAAAGAAAUUUAGAGCUAUUAGUAUUAGAAACAGAACAAAAUGGGACGAAUUGUUCAAUAGAGGCAAAUUACAUAGCGAAGUUUUAGAAGACAUAUUUAGAAAAAGUGAAAACAAUUUUUCCAAACACAAGGAUCACAUCCUGAACGUAAUGGAGAAAUUUGAUAUCAUAAUACGACCUAACAUAUGUAACAUAUCAGAAACUGAAAGAGACGCUGGUGAUGACAAACCUCUCUAUUAUAUACCUUGUAUGAUUAAAUCAGAACCUGAGUUUAAUAUAUACGAAAUGUUUAAUGUAACAGAAAACACAUGUAAUAAGUCUACCUGGUUAUGUUAUAUGUUUAGGUUUCUUCCACCUCAUUUAAUGAAUCAUUUAAUUGCAUCACUGUGCAGGAAAUAUAAAAUUGCAGAAGUUGUCACUAAGGAUCAGAAAAAACAAAUUGCUCUUUUCAGAAGCUCAGCUGUCUUUGAGUUAGAAAAAACGACAAAAUUAGCAAAAUUACAUAUAAUGAAAUGUCCAAAUUGGAUUCAAAUUCAGGUUUGGCAAUUUGGAAAAGAACGUGAAAAAGGUUUUUACAAAUACAUUGACGACUUUGUGACAGAGGAAAUUGUCAAGAUAAUAAACACAAGAUUUAAGAUGUCUAGUGUGAAAUUUUGGAAAAGUUGGGAAUGCGGCCUUACAAAACCAGAGUCUGUGACAGGAUCAAAUGAUUUUAGUGAGGAGCAGAUUCCAGAAUAUUACUGUGAAAAAUGUACAAGCACCCAUAUAUUCAUUGAUGAUUGGCAAGAUCUGAACAGUAGAAGACCAUGCCUGCCAAUUAGUUGUGAGAUUAAACCAGGAUCGAAUCAAAACAGAGAUAGCACCAGUCACGCCCAGACUACAUCCUCUAAGGUGUUUGUCCGUAUCAACGCUAGUAAUAGAGACAUUUCAAACAUCCAUGAUGAGUCAAUAGCAGCAGCCAGUUUGACAGGGUUCACAAAAGAGGAAAUCAACUUUUCAAAGAUGGGAAUGAUAGCACUGAAUAUUCUUGCUGAUGUUUUAUAUGAUCUAUUGAAACCAGAUAAACCAUAUCUACGUCCAAGGUGUGAUUGUGAUAUAACAUAUUUGUACAGUGAGCACAGGAAUCUUAAUAAACACAUUCCUAGUAAUUCAUGGGGUGGUCAAUGGCAAAGAAUUCAGACUACAGACAUAGCUAUUGGAGAUGAUAUUGAGCGCAUAAGACUGACAAGAAACGAAUUACAACACUCUAGAAUAUUUCAUCUUGAUGAUAAACGUUUUAAUGAAUUACGUAAUAUACUAAGCGACCUUUUAAAACGGUUUGAUCAACACAGCAAACCAACAAGGCUGUAUACAGAGUCAGACCAUUUAAAUGAGGUUUUGGCUAAAACUAUUUCUGCAGAGGAAGUGAAAUCUAUUAAAAAUGAAAUAUUAGGAAUGGCUAUUGAAGUUGAAAUAGAACACCAAAUCAAUGUUUCAACACAAUAGAGAAAUAAGCCAAUCUACACAUUUUGUAUAAACAGUAACGUCUGCAUUUUACGAGCAAUAAAUAGAGUCACACAAAAUAAUGGCCAGGAUAAAAAAAAAAGGAGAGUAGACCAAAGAUGAAUGAUUUGACUAGAAUUUGAAAAAUGAACCAAUAGUGAACUGUUUCAGUGUUAUUUUUAAAAUGUAAAUACAUGCAGUAAAUAAUGUGUCAACAUACUGUAAUAUGUAUAUAGCCAAUACCAUACAUGUUUAGUCUUAGACAAUGUUAGAUGCAUGAUUUGUUUAUAAGUUGUUAGUGGCUUUGAACUAGCUGUCAGAUAACUGCGAGUACUCUUAGAUCUGUUCAUUGUGUCUUUCUGUGUCGGGAUGUAUAAGUACCCAGCCACGUCCACUUGUACUUUUUGUCUAUCUGAUGAAUUAAGCCUUUUUCAACUAUUUUUAUAGUUCGUUCUUAUGUUGUACUAUUAUACCACUGUCCCAGGUUAGGUGAGGUUCAAAUCCCGCUAACAUGUUUAACCCCGCCACAUUAUGUAUGUGUGUGCCUGUCCCAAGUCAGGAGCCUGUAAUUCAGUAGUUGUCGUUUUUUUAUGUGUUGCAUAUUUGUUUUUCGUUCAUUAUUUUACAUAAAUAAGGCCGUUUGAAUUGUUUUACAUUGUCUUAUCGGGGCCUUUUAUAGCUGACUAUGCGGUAUGUGCUUUGCUCAUUGUUGAAGGCCGUACGGUGACCUAUAGUUGUAAUUUUCUGUGUCAUUUUGGUCUUUUGUGGAUAGUUGUCUCAUUGGCGAUCAUACCACAUCUUCCUUUUUAUAUGUAUUAAUUAUAGAAUGAAUACUUGUAGAUAUAUAUGAAAGAAAUAUAUAUAUGUGUAUGUAAUAAUUGAAUCUAGAAAAAAAAUAUUUUCAGUACAGUGAGAAAAUGAGAUAAAACAAAUUCACAAUUAGGAAUAUUUACUCUUUGUUUUAGUUGAGAAAGAUAACUGUGAGUGCUCUUUUAUCUGUUGUUGGGAUGUACAAGUGCCCAGCCAGGUCCACUCUAUCUAUUUUAGAUGUAUUUUUCUUCAUAUUUGUUACGUUUGGAAGACGUGCUUUUCAACAGACUGUCGGAAUUCUAAUGGAAACCAAUUGUGCCCCUCUUCCUUUCAGUUUGUUUCUUUAUUUUUAUGAGGCUGAUUUCAUACAGGAACUUCUUAGGAAGAAAAACUAGAAGUUAGCAACAUCCUUAACUUUACAUUCCGCUAUAUAGAUGAUGUUUUCUAACUAAAUAGUACAAAAUUUGGUCACUAUGUCAUGCAUGAUCAUGUAUGUUGAAUGAAUCUAUCCCAUCGAACUAGAAAUAAAGGAUACUACAGAUACAGUUAAGUCUGCCUUAUAUUUUGACUUACAUCUACAAAUUGAUAAUCGAGUCGAUUGAAAACAAAACUUUACGACAAAAGAGAUAAUUUCAGCUGC